ACCAGUCUCGCUUAAACCAUAUAGGUGGAAGUAUAGAGCCCUAAAACUCUCCCAGCCAUCAGUUAAUUCAAAAAGCCCUUUCAUUCCGUCCCUUUCUUCACGAUCCAGCCUCACGCGUCCCUCCCAUCAUGGCUAUGGAGGAGGUUGUGUCAGGGCCCAAGUGGGUUUUAGGAGGUUUUCUGUUCUUCAGUGUGUGUAAUCAACUGUUGCGUCUAGCAGUCCCUCCCACGGCCAGGGCGACGGCAGCUCAGUCCUGGAAAUGGAAGAACACGGCCGUCUCCCUCGUGCACUCCUUGGUGACGGGACCUUGGUCGCUCUACUGUUUCUAUGAACACCCGAAGCUUGGGGAAGACUUGAUCAACACGUACACGAGCUCCUCCCACAUGCUGGUCUCCUUCUCUGUAGGUUAUUUCAUUCACGACUUCCUGGACAUGGCUCUGUGGCACCGCAAGCGUUCCUCAUAUGAGCUGAUGGUGCACCACACCUGUGUGAUAUCCUGCUUUGGUCUGGCUGUCUGGAGCACCAUGUUUGUUGGGUAUGCUGUGGUGGCAUUGUUUGUGGAGGUGAACAGCAUCUUCCUACACAUAAGGCAGCUCCUCAACCUGAUGGGGGUGAGCAAGAAGGAGCCUAAGUACCGCAUGAACUCCAUGCUCAACAUUGGCACUUUUGUGGUGUUCCGGAUCGCUGUGCUGGGGUGGAUGACUCGCUGGAUAGUGCUCCACAAGGAUGAUCUCUCCCUGCCUGUGUACACUUUGGGAAGUGUUGGCCUGGCGAUCAUCAUGCUCAUGAACAUCAUCCUCUUCUUCCGAAUCUGUAUUGUGGAUUUCUCAAAAAAGAAGCACAAAGAUUCAAAAGGGAGUUCACUUCAUAGGAAGAUUCUUCAUGAUGAUGAUGAAGUGAGUGCAGGUAUUGGAAGCACAAGUGUGACAUCCACCAGCUUGUUACAGAAUGGCACAAAUCUCCACCUCAGCUAGUUGGGAGGAGAGUGUGCAUACUUAGCUAGUCCUAAUUUGUAUAGGUGUUUAAGAAUGAGCCACAAAGUAAUUUAUUUUUUGUUAAGGAUAAAAGUCAGAUGGAUUUCUGUAGACCAAAUAUAAAUGUACAAGCAUUUCAGUUGUUUUUAGUGUGUGUGUGUGUGUGUGUGUGUGUGUGUGUGUGUGUGUGUGAAGUUGGUAACAAUUUUUGCUGCUUGUGUUAAGUCUCAUUACAUUCUCAAAUAUCAAAUGUGGACUCACACAGUUAUACUACCUUACCAUGUUAACUCGUGCUCUUAUCAUGAACAUCACUGUUAUAUAAAGAAUCAUCUAUGAAUCUUGGCAGAAUAUUUUAGGAAAUUCUCUGAUAUUUCCUUGUGUUGAGAAUACAAAUAUGGUUCAUUAAGUCAAUAUGAGAGUUUUAUGGUUCUUUAAUAUUGAUAAGUAAAAUGCUGUAAAAUGCUGUAAAAUGUAUACUCUCUGGGGUCUCUUAUCAGCAUUUAGUAUUGUGGUAUGGAGGUAACCUUGAAUGAGUCUGUGUUUGACUUGCAGUACUCAGCUACCACAUUAGUGAACUACAGGUGUCUCAAUUCACACACAGACAUUCAGUUUGCAAACUUUUAAUCAAAUGAAAUUGUCUUGUUCUUUUUCAAAAUUGAUAAAAGCAGAAUUAUGAACAAACACCUAAGUAGAAAAGAGACAAUAGUGAAAAAUGCAGAUGUUCCUGAUUUACAAAUAUUAAUAUAUAAAAGCUUUUAAGGAGUAAUUCAUUCAUAACUCUAUAUUCACCUGCAUGUUUCACUUAUAAUACAUAGUUGUCACAGUCUAAUGAAUUACCAAGUACAGUGUUGAUUAUGUAUCUUUGGCAGUAAAAUUCAUAAGCAAUGUGUUAAGAUGUAUAAACUGUUCUACAUAUAUUAUGCCUUCAUUGUUAAUGUCUCAGGAUGUAUAACCUCAAACUGUUAAAUUAUCAAUAUAUGUUGAGGGACUACAUAUAUAUGGAUGUGUGUGUGUGUGUGUGUGUGUGUGUGUGUGUGUGUGUGUGUGUGUGUGUGUGUGUUUCUCUUGCUUCAUACUGCAAGCAGGUCAUUCAGCAGCUGUGGAAAGGUUAAAUAAUUUUGUAUAUAAAUUGUUACUGGAUAAUUUCCUUCAUUUUGUUGUGCUGUAAAGCUAAAUUAUUUAUUUAUUUAUUCAUUUAUUUUUUUACAUUUCAUCUUUUUUAUUUCUUUAAUCUAUCUGUGAUUAACAUUUAAGAAUGUCUGAAAAAAAAACUCAAGACUUCCUAUCCUAGUAUUGAUUUAUUACAUUUUAUCCAAUUCUAUGUAUCUAUUCAGUAUGUAUCACUUCAUGUAUCUAUAUGAAGAAUGUAUUAUUUUAUAUUAUUAUUAUUUUUUCAUAUUUUUGCUGUGUCAGUUCUUUUGAUACCACUGCUUACCUUAACUAACAUGUAAAGCUUUUCAUUUUAUGGUCAUAUUAAAUUCACCUGUAGCUUCUCUUCCUUCAUCCUCAAAUCUAGACUAUAUGAGGCUUAAAGUUGGCAUUACACAGGGAAGGCAUCUUUUGUAAAUUUAUUAUGUGAACUGUGUUUUGGUCAUGCUUUUGGGGGAAAGGUGUGGUGUAUCAGUCUGCCAUAUUUUUACACUAAAUAAUCCCUGUGGAAAGAUAGUAAUAGGUAUUGACAGAAAAAGUUUUAAGCAUGUCAUUUAAUUUUGAUUUGUCUUGAUAUAUGAACUUACUGCCUAUAAUUCAUACUCAAUAUUAAUGCUUGGAGGAUCACAGAUGCUCUGCACUGACCACCUGAUGGCAAGCUUUUUAUAAGGUUGUGAUGGUUGAUUGGCAGACAGCACCACUGUAGGGCUCCAGAAAGUAAUGAAAUUGAUUAAUGCAUGAAGAGAAAUAUGUUUUGUACUCAGUAGUCUUGUGUAUAUGUGUAUUCUAAGAGCUUGGGUAGUUUUGUGUGUUGAAGUUUGUAUUAAAGUUCAUGUGAAGUACUAUAUUUGUAACAUGAGGUUACUACAAUUCUCAUAUAAUUUGUUUGAAUAUACUAUAUUGUAUUUCUCAUAAUAUGAUAAUGAUAUAUACAGUCUGCUCCAUUUCUAUGUUCAUCACUUAAUGUUGGCAGAGUGUGAAUUGCCUGUUGUGAACUGCUAUGCCUGAUUCAAUUUCUAUCUGGGACACAUCCCAGGCAGUAUGAGUAGGCAGGAGGGUGAUGAAGGGAUUGGCGUGAUUUAUUUUUGGAUGCACCUCGAAGCAGGCGGUUCCCAGCAAGCGAUUCACACACUGACAGUGCUAAGAGAUGACUGUACAUGGUUUACUGACUGAUUGACAAUAGCUAUCUCGGUAACCCCUUCAAUAAGUAUCCAGAUUUAGUUUGUACUGUGUGCAUCAAUUUUUUAGCUAACAACUGAGUUAUUAGAAAAAAAAAAAAGGGUUUGUUCUUUAAAUCUUUGUCUUAUGUAUGUAUGAGUAUGUGUCUAUCCAUGUACAUAUGCAUGUAUUGUGUGCUUUAGUAUAUUAUAUAGUUUUUAAACUGAUGUAUGAACAAACAGUGUACCAAAAUCUAGUCAUGUUUGAGGCGUUCAGUAGACCUCAAUCAUGUUUGUGGUCAGCUGUUUAUUUCCUCAGAUGCAGUUAUUCCAGCUUGUACAUUGACACACUCAAAUUACAUGAAGGAUAUUCCAACACAAACCUGUUACUUAUUUGAUUGUUCUUUGUUGUAUUGAUAUAUAAGCCCUUCAUGUCCAUUCUCCAGUUAUUCAGGCAUUCCAUUGAUUCAGACAACUUGUCCAGCAGUGUGUUUGAACACCAUUCCUGUCCUGAGUUCACCAUUAGACCACUGUAUCAGAAAUACUUACUUGAACUGAUAUGUUUAUGUUGUAUAGCAUUCACAAGGGUAAGAAUAUGCAUUCUUGUGAAUAAAUGUAAUGUAUUCUCAUUAGAAUCAAUGAAGCUAAUCUAAAUUUUCAUUUGUUUGGACAUGAGAGAGGCUAUAUAUUAAAGUAAAACAAUGAAGACAUCUAAAUAUAAUGCACAAAUUUUUAUUUGUAACCAACAGAUAUUUACAUUUUUGAAAAGCUUGGUUUUCCAUUGUGGUGCAUUUUAAUAAUUUAUGGUUUCACAUAUUACGUUUUUUGCUGCUCAAAACAAAUGUGAAGCAUAGGAAGGCAGCAGUGUUUAGUGGUAUAAGCAUGAGAUGACCAAUAGAAUAUUCUAACUGAUUUCCUAUAAAACAAUGGAUAUUUAAUUGCUGUUUCAUCAGUGUUAGAAGUGUGGUACUGUACUGCAACUGUAAACCAAAUUAGUAAAAAUAUAUAUUUCUGAUACCAGCCUGUUAUGCUGCUGAACACUGGCUGAGGCUGAAGGAUAACACACUGCUGAUAGGAAGUCAGAGAGCCACUGGGUGUUAACAGCAGUCUUAUCAUAGAAAUUUUUUUUUAUCUAAGUUGCUGGAAUUUAUAUAUAUUCCAACAAAAUAAUGAUAAAAUGAUGAUGGGUGUUGUUAUCAAUUCAAAUCUAAAAACCAACCUUAAAGAGUGGAUUAUCUAGCAAGGGCCUGGGUUGAGCAAGAUUUGAAUCCCUUAACAAAAGUGUUUAUAGGCAUACAGCAAGCGUGGGUGACUCUGGAACACUUGAGAGUCAGUCACAAUUACACUCAAAGGUAAGACACAAUUACACAACAGGUCAGCCAUCAACUGCUCCACAUCAGCUUGCCCUGUCCAUGCAGACAUUCCAGCUAAGUACUCUAAGUAGUCUCAGGCCUGUGUAUUGUUAGGUAUUUAGCCAAACCAUCAGUCCAUCUAUCAUAAGGUAAUUUGAUAUAUAUAACCUGGCCUUAGGACCACAUCCUGAUAUUAAUGGCCAAAUAAGUAGUUAUGAUGAAGGAUUACUUGUUGUGAUCCAGUGCUAAUUUUUGUUUUUAAUCAUGUAAUUAUGGGAAAGCAAACUGACAGUCAAUUGUUGUUGUACAAUAUUUGUAUACAGUGGAACCUCAGUUACCGAAUGCUUCUCUUUUCAAAUAAAUCAGUUCGAACAAAAUUUUGAACUCAUUUUUGCUUUGGUUGCUGCACCAUUAUUCAGUUCAAGAACAAAGUUACUUGAUUUCAAAUAUUAAAAGACUUAGCAAAGGCUACUGUUUAUUGGUAAUUUAUAGUUUCUAUAAAUAUUUAUUUCAUUUUUAUAUAUUUGGAGGAGAGACACAGAGUGCAAGACUGUAAUUCAAUCUUUGAAGUACAGUAAAUGUGAUCCCAUUUAAAAGCAUCAAUGUAAACAAACAGUUUUCGGCACUCAGGAGUAAGCCUGAGCCACCUGUUGCUCUCUUGAUGAUCCCUAACACCAUCACUACUGCACAAUUGCAUUUUCCAGUAGCUUUUCCUGCAGCAAGAUAUCUAAGUGUUAUAAUCACCUUCAUUUUUGCUGUAAGUGGGUUGCUCCUUUCUGUGUCCUGUAAGGCUUCCCUCACUAGAUCAGUGACAAAGAAAAUACAGUAAAAUCCCUCUUAUCUGGCAUCAACGAGACCGCCAACAUGCCGGAUACUUGAAUAUUGCCGGAUACUUGAAUAGAAGUGAAAUUAUGUCCACAAUCACCACCCUACACUCACGCAUCUUACCAUAACAAAGAUCAGCUGAUCCUCACGCAUCUUACCAUAACAAAGAUCAGCUGAUCUUAAUCAGCAGCUGAUCUGAUCAGCUGCUUAAGUGUAAGCACAACACACUUCCUCUUUUCUACAACUUUAGGCAUGAUGAAGGCGUCAGGCGAUAAACAAUGCACAAGUGGGACUGAGUCACUGAGUAAACACAGUGCAGUGGGCCGCGGGUGGCGCGAAGCAGUGCGCUCUGGUGGUGAGGGGACAAAGUAUGCCUCGCACAGGAAUUUUAAUCGAUUUUAUGAGUACACAUUGAUUUUUUAUCGAUUUUAAGGCUCGGGGAAAAAUGUGCCAGAUACUUGAAGCUGCCGGAUACUUGAAUGCCGGAUGAGAGGGAUUUUACUGUACCUGCAUGGUCUAAACCAUAUCUUCUGAUGAGUUCUGUGUCACUAAAUUCAUUCAGUGCAUCCUUUCUGGAUAAAUAAUUUGUGAGCAGAUGUGAAGCAGCCAGCUUGGCUGUGGUAGUGUGUCAUGCUGGUAAAACAGGGUAGACUGAUGUUUGGGAAUGGAUUAAUCCAUUUUACAUUGAUUCCAAUGGGGAAAAUAGUUUAGAUUUUCAAACAUUUUGGAUUUUGAAUGACAUUCAGGAAUGAAUUAAGUUCUAGAACUGAGGUUCUAGUGUACUUGUAAUUUCAGUAUAUGUUGUACUUUUACAUUGUAAAGUGGACUUUAACAUGGAUAUUUGUAAUUUUGAAGAUUUAAUUUUAAACUUGUACAUAAGAUGCUGAUAUAUGAUCUACUGGUGUUAUAAACAUGAGCAAUUAAUUUUGAGAAAUAAUUUUACAUUUUUUUAUUCAAAUUGUAUUGCAUUGUUACAUAUUAUUGUUUUGGGGAGUGGAGUGUAUUAUGACUGAUGGAACUUGUGAAUGUUUCCUGAACAAAGCAUUAUUAUGAUAGAUUAAUGUACAGAACAUAGUGAUCCUUAACAUAUUUGUGGUGUGUAUUUUUCUUAUCUUUAUUGAAAAGUUUCACUGGUACUCACUUUACAGAUUUAAUUAAAAAAGAGUAAUCUGUUGAUCUAUUUAUAAUGUCUAGAAGGCCUUUAUAUUGCUGAUUAAGCUUCUUAAGCUACACUAUUUCAUGGGGUAUGUGUUCAUAGACUCUGUUGCUGUGGAAUACUUCUGAGCUUUAAAAAAAAAUAAAAUAAAUAAUAAUAAAAAAAAAAAAAUUAUAAUGGUGAUUUCUCUAAUUGAUUGAAAAGUGACCAGUAACCAUGGCAAGCAUCAGGAGGGCAAAUAAUUCACAAGCUCUCAAAGUUAUGCCUUCUGGUCAAGUAUAGUAUUGAUCAUUGAAUCCAGGAACCCUAAAGAGUUAUAUUCCAUUACCCAAGGCAUGCAUGAUGUUUAAUACACCAUCAUGCCCUUCAGUAGUAAUUAUACUUAAUAAUUAGUCUUUUUUAUUGUUUUGUUGACCAUGAGCAUUUCAAGGAUUAAUACAUUAAUGAGGUGGACAGCAUGCCUGAUGUGAUUUUAUCUUAUUUUUCAAUAAGAUUAUUGUACAGUAAAUUAUGUGAUGAAUACAACAUGGUUUAGGAAGCUCAACUUCUCUGUGAUUCACUGCAUAAUUGUGUGCUGGUGUAGCACACUUAGCAUUCUGUUUUGAGUAAAAUUAAGAUGACUGAUCUAUGUAAUAAUAAUUUUGGUGACAACAUUGUUCAAGGUCUUUUAUCACCAUCUCUAUAAUGUGCUUUCCUGGUUCACAUUUAGCUUUAUGUUUUAUAUUUACAUCACUGCCUAUUAUACUUAUAGAUAUACUGCUGAUGGGGGUUACCUCAUUUCAGAUUUUUAUCAGAAUUUUUAUGGUAGCAUAAUGUCACACAGUAAAUGUGACAAUUAAGUACAAUCAAACUUCCAGUGAGUGCUAAAAGCAACUAACUAAUAUAAUGAAUCAAUUAACAGUGCCUAAUGUUUAUUGGUAUAGCUAAAAACUGUUGACUGUAACUGUUCUUCAUGACAUGGUGCUGUAGCUAUUUGGGUCACACACCUGCUGCCCAGUGGUUACAAGUAAUGUCAUCAACAGAAUAAAGUGAAAAGUGGAGUAACAAAGUGUCCCCUAUGAUGCCUUGACUAAAGCUAACAUAUAAUGACAAUGGAGUUCAACAUGUAGGCUGCUUGAUUUCUAUUUCAGUGCAUGGAGCAGUGUGCCUACAUGUCUCCUGAGUUACAUCAGUAAUGUGUGCACAUUUCUGAUUUUUUUUUUUUUUUUGUAAAACAUUCCCAAGUAUACCACUUAAUGCUGCUUUCCUCAGGUUUAUCAUCACAAGGAAGCAAAUUAAAUAAUGUAGUGUUUAGUUUAUGUUAUGAAAGUUGUUCACAAACUAGUUUGUCAUUUCAAAGAAUAAUGAUAGCUGAAGAAUUAUUUUCCUUUGUACCAGUUUGUAGUUUGUUGAUUUAGUAGUGAAAUGUAAGAAAGUUAAUGCAUUGCAGUGUUUGGUUGGUGUACAUAUAUGUUGUCUUAAGUGUUCCUUAGUGACAAGAUGUUGUCCUUAUGUGAUUCUUGUAUACAGAUGAUGUCCCAAUAUGUGGUGCAGUAUUUACUACAGCUAUUACCAAGGAAGGUGUAGCACUGUCUUCCUUGGUCAGUACCAUGUGGCUUAUUAUUCAGAUAACCCAAGAAUCUGGUGAGUGAUGUGUCUAGCACUGUAUAGGUGUAUGACUGCCUGAAUGAAAUUGUCUCAUUUACUGAAAUGUAAGCCUAAGUAUUUUCACAAUUUGCACAUGUUGUAAUAAAGUAAGAUAAAAG